AUGUCUUCUUCUCCAACCUCGUACCACACCAUGACUUCACAUUCGACCGCGCCCACGGAGCCGCUGAGCCCCGAGCGCAGUGUGUCCACGGACAUGGACAACAGCCUGCAAAGCCAGGAACACGAGAUUCCGUCGUUCCAGAAAAACGUCAACAACCACGGCAGACUGCCGUUGACCAUCCAGCCCACCAAAGGCAGAUUCGACACUCUCACGGCCAAGCAGAUGGAACGACUCAAGCAGCUGUGGGCCGUCCUGCUCAAGGCCAUGAACGUGACCCAGAAGGUCAUCGAGGUGGGCACACAAACGUCGCUGCCUCCCACACGAGUCAGAUCAAGUGGGGGCACAGGCGCAGACAGCAUUUCAUCCACGUCGACACGCGAGUCGGAAAUGAGCUCGGCGUCCAGAAAGAAGAAACACGCACCCGAACAUCUUGCCAACCUGUUUCUAGAACGCCUCGAGCCGGAGGAGGUCAAGCAGGCGCUGUGGCACAUGGCUCGAACCCUCACUCCCGACAACCUCUUGUGUCGGUUCCUGCGCGCGCGGCGAUGGUCGGUGCCCCGCACAUGUGUGCUGCUCGAAAAAGCAAUGUACUGGCGCAUGAAGGAGUCUGGUCUCGACGAGCUGCAGUUCCGGGGCGAGAUUGGGGCCUUCAGAAGCAACGAUAUUGACUACAUCAACCAGUACCGGUCAAAAAAGUCGUACAUUCGGGGCAGAGACAAGGCGGGCCGUCCCGUCAUUCAGAUUUACACACGGCGACAUUUCAAAACAGACCAGUCAGUCAAGUGUAUUAAGGACUUCACUCUGGCCGUGUUUGAGGCGUCUCUGCUCAUGUUGGACGAUUACAACGACAAUGUCACCUUCCUCUUUGACAUGACCGACUUUACCCUCUUCAACAUGGACUAUCCUUACAUGAGGCAUCUGUUGAAGAUGUUCCAGAUCUUCUAUCCCGAAUCUCUGGGUCUACUGCUGGUCCACAAUGCACCUUGGGUCUACGAGGGUGUCUACAACAUCAUCAAGCAUUGGAUGGAGCCCUGUGUCACCUCCAAGUUCAAGUUCACCAAGAACCUCAAAGAGCUGUCACAGUACAUUGAUAUGGACCAGAUCCCCGAAGGUAUGGGAGGAACGGAUCAGUGGAACUACGAGUACAUUGAGCCUCGAGAGCAUGAGGCUGACAAGCUGCAGGACCAUUUUGGCCGAGAAGCUGCUCUUCAGGAGCGAUCCAUGCUCACCCAAAAGGUGGAAAAGAACACUGUCGAGUGGCUCCAGGCGGUGCCUGGCAGCGAGGCCGAGGGAGAGACGCUUGAUGAGCGACGAGUCAUGAUCGACGAGCUGAGAGACCAGUAUUGGACGGUUGAUCGGUACAUCCGAGCUGUGACUGUGAGUGAUCGGUUAGGUCAAAUUCCUGCCACCAGAGGGCAAGUGCAUGCUUAA